GGCUUUGUGGACUUGGGAAGACAUACCCCCGAUGAUUUGAAAAAUAAAACGGCAGAUCGUGCCUUAGUUUUUAAAUUUGUACCUUUCAGAGGUAGAUGGGUUCAAUCCUUGGGUUGCUUCCUUUCAAAGAAUGCGUGUAAAAGCGAACCACUACAUAAGCUCAUUUUAGAAUGUAUCGUGCUUAUGGAAAAUAGUCCUAUAUGUAUUGAUGCUGUUGUUAUGGAUGGUGCAUCAUGGAACCGAGGCGUUUGGGAAAUUUUUGGUGUAGACGAAAACAACAUCAGCUGUGAACAUCCUUGCGAUAGCUUGAGGCGAUUACGAAUGAUAUCAGAUUUCAAUCAUUUACUCAAAUUCUUUCGAACUUCUACGUUAGAUGAUAGACUUCAAGAGUUCAAGACACCUUACGGAACUGUUGAAAAACGGCAUUGGGAAGCUCUCUUAGAAGAGAAAAAUUAUCGGCAACCAAACAUGAAAAUUGCUUACAAGCUAACACCAGCGCACUUGAAACAAACGGCUUUCAAGCGAUGAAUGUUCCUCUAGCAACUGAAGUGUUUGGUCAUGAGGUGUCUGUUGCGAUGGGACACUACCAACCAAUGUGCAAUAAAUUAAAAGAUUCGACUCCAACGCAAAAGUUUAUUGAUCUCAUUUUCAACUUAGUCCAAGCUAUGUCAUCGCAUAUACCAGGAGAUGCUUUGUACGCUAAAGAUGAUUGUCGUAACAAACAGGCAAUACUGAAAUUCCUCCAAUUUUAUGAAGAUUGGGAAAAGUUUGAGAAGAAAAUACCUGUUUCGAGGAGUACUUCAGUAGGGUUAAAAGUUACCUUACGGGCAACACUAGAAAUUUUGGACAUGCUCAAAGACGUUUGUGAUUCUAAAUAUUUGAUGACAGCAACUUUAUCCCAAGACCCUUUGGAGAGAUUUUUUUCUGUCAUGAGAUAUUCUUGUGGAGGAAAUGAUCAUCCCGAUCCAAAAAUGUUUGCCCAAGUAUAUCGCUUAGCAUCUUAUUUUUCCCUCAUACGUCCACUAAGAGGGUGUAAUGUUUCGGGCACGGAUCUUCUAAAAAGUCCAAAAGUAAUCGCAUCUGCGAUAAAACAUUUUAAGGAAUACGAUUUAGAUGCUAUAUUUAAAGAAAAUACAGGUUGCAAGCAUUCUGAUUGGUGUUCAGAAAGUGAGAUUGGAAUAGAGGACGUGCAAUAUUGCGUUGAUCGCCGACAUGAUACUUGCAAAACAGAUUCAUUUAUGCCAGUAAUUGAAUCAAUGGAAGAAUGGCUAAAAAAUUCAUGGUCAACUGAUUGAUUAAUAUUAUGUUGUAUUUUUUAUUUA